GUUAGUGACGUCAUGCAGAUGUUUUCCGAGUCUUCGUCAGUCAAAAUGGAGGAAUAAGAUUGUACAACCUUAGAAAACACGCAAUCUGAACGCUUAAAAAUCCCUUAAAGGCAAUACAAUGGGUAGCCUUUUUAGCAGCAAUGUUGAAGGUGUUGAAGAAGUGGAUUCUUUAUCGUCAGGAUCGUAUAGAUAUCCUCCAAUAACAGGGAGCUACUUCGCCGAUCAUUUCAUCAUGGGCGGCUCUAGAUUUGAUACUACACAACCAGAAGCUUAUCUGUUCGGGGAGAACAGUGAUCUGAAUUUCUUAAGUCCAAAACCAGUUCCUUUUCCAUACCCAUCUCCACAUGGGAAUGAACCUACCAAGACACUACGUAGUUUAGUGAACUUGAGAAAAGAUUCGCUCAAGCUUGUCAGAUGUGACAGCUCUGAUGAUGACGAUGACACAUAUCACAUUCAGUUUAUUUUUGAUGCUGAUGUGAAUUGUUCUGUCACGAUAUAUUACCAAGCAACAGAGGAUAUAAGCACAGGAGUAGCUGUUUACACAUCAAAGGACCCAAACAUGACAUCACCAAAAUGUUGUUACAAGAAAGGAGCUGGACAGCUGUUUAGUAAUUCCUUGCGUCAUCGAUUCAAAGUGUCCCAAUUUUCUGAAGAAGAGUUGGCCUAUGAUCCACUAUCAAGUACACAUAUACCUAUUGUGAUACAAAUAGAUGUGGCUGAUGAGGAAUUCCUUGGUCAUUCCCACAUUACCAUGGCAUCAAUUGAACAUACAUCUGAUGGUGUUUACAUACUGAAGCCAAUAAAACAAAAACAAAUGGUUGAUGGCCUUUGUUUCUUACUACAAGAAAUCUAUGGUAUAGAGAACAAGUCUAGCGAUCAGCAUGUCUCGAAGGAUGAUGAUGAUGAUGAUGAGUUAGACCUUGAGGAGACAGGCCUAGAAUGUGUGAUAUGUUUAAAUGAAAUGCGUGAUACUCUUAUCCUACCCUGUCGACACUUGUGUCUCUGUAGAGGUUGUGCUGAAUCUCUUCGUUACCAGUCAAGCAAUUGCCCUAUUUGCAGAUCAGCUUUUCAUGCACUACUGCAGAUAUGUGCAUACAUCAAAAAGACUGGUCCAGAUGGAGGGAAACGCCAGAGCUCUUGUGAUGGGGAAGAGCACAUACCAGGCUAUGAACAGAUACCUCUAGUAGAAGCCCUGAAUGGUAGAAUUGCACCAGAUAACAUACCAGAAGAAGCCAUAGCGCGCAUGCGCAGAAGAUCCUCCAGCGUUCGUUCGUCAGGGCGUAGAAUUCCUUCCCGUGCUGGCAGUGCAAGAAGCCAUCGUCGUGUAGAGCGUGCCACAUCAGCAAGAUCGUCUCUGAGACAUGUACGUCCAGAUACAGCAUCAUCAGAGCCGUACUCUGUACAGACACAAGAACUGGAACCCGUGCAGAGUGAGGAGCAUGUGAUUGCUGUAGCAGAAUGUAAAGGGAAAGACCAGGACACAGUCCAGGAAAUUGCUGAGGAGGGCAGACUCAACAAUCUUUUAACAGACGAGGACGGCGAGGUACCACAGGCGGUGCAUGUACAUGUUGACGUUUCCCUACCCGGUACCCCCUUAGGAAGUGAUAACAGUGUCCACAGUGGAUGUAGUAACAAAAGUAACGURUCUGCCUCAGCGUCAACAGCAACACCUACAUGUGUACGACUAGAGGAGGAGGUCCAACAAAUACCUCAUUCCCACAAAGAAUUGUGGAACGAGGAAAACCCAUAAUCCCUUGCACCACUCGUACAACUUGGAAAAGGCGAAAUCUCUAAUUUUUUCUAACCUUUCAAGGUUCAUUUCCUUAUAUUCUUCUAUUAAGUUGGCUCUCGAGAUUUAAUAACCGUUGCCUGAUGUUAGCUUCAUUAUAUCGAAUUUGAGUUUUGGCGGGAAAAUCAACGCGUUUGCACCGAAAUGUAAUUAAAAUCGAUGCGGAAGUUACGUCAGAGACCUGAAAGUCGAACGAAACUUGGAGCAAGACUGCUACACACAGCUGUACAAUAGGCGAAGGGAUUCAAGCGUUUUUUUAAAUAAGGGGACUAAUUUAACUAAAAUACCGACACUAAAUGUCGUUUAAAGUGCCAUUAGUUAGAAAUGCAACAAAACAAAGCCGUAUGUUAUCACUGAUAACCAGAUAAAACGAACUAAUCCAUUUUCUAUUGCUAAAGAUUUUCAUUCAUUUGAUUUUCAUAUACUAAGUUCGUUUUCACUCGUUCACAAUAACGCGCGCGCGAAAUCGCACAGUUCGCAUUCACAACACAAUAGAGCUUUUAAGUUGUGACGUAUUUCCGGGUGAAUCUACUCGCAUAGACCGCCAAAACAUAGGGAAAAUGGAUUAGAACUCUGGACAACAAAUCCUGCCAUGAAGAAAAUGUAAGAAAAAACCUUCAUAAAACCCUCCCUGCUUCUUGUUUUGGACCCGGAAUUCGUUUUAUACAAGUGACGUCAUACUUAAAAGCUCUAUAGGGUUUUGAUGGACGGCAAUCGAAGUGCUUUUACGUCGGAAAACGCAAGUUUUCAAGUGCACGUGCAUAUGGGAUGUCAUGAAAAUGGCUUGAUUGACGUCCCCAAAACCUGCUAUUUGUUUUGACGACGAUACUCCGCGUGUUAUCGUGACCAGUUUGAAGCUUUUGCGUAAUACUCUGUCUCAUGGUUUCUUUGGUUCAGUCAACUGAGCUUCGCCCUACGCCAGGCCGUGAAUAUUCGAACGCCGUCCUUUACUGGUCGACGUCAGAUGGACCGCUCAUGAGAGAACGAGACUGUAGGUUUCGAAGGAUGCAGAAUUUUUGGCGUGAACCAGGGAAAUCAUAAAAAUAGAAUUAAUUGUAAAUAUGUAAAUUAUUAAAUUCCAAAUCAUAUAAUCCAACGACGAAGGCAUAAUGCCAUUCAAGUGUACAUGCGGAUGAGACACAGGAAACCCACGCUCCGUAAUGUUGACGAGAAGCCGAAAAUAAGAGAAAUGCUCUUAGAUUUGAUAGCAUUUUCAAAUAUAUAUAGUGUUUCCACGCCAAAAACUUCAGUUUCAAUAAUAUACAACAACAAAACGAAAAAAAAAAUCGUAACAUAAA